AUGGAAAUGGCAACGACGUUGAACAACGAACCCAUCGCCAUCGGGCUCACAUUCGCUAUCAUCAUAUCGACGAUGCUAUUCAUCGGGCUUACAUUCGCUAUCAUCAUAUCGCCGAUGCUGUUCAUCUGUGGUAAAAUGGUUCGUGGAACUGAUGUUAAAUCUGCAGAGGCCAACGCACGAAAACUCAUUAUUUCGCAAUUACUACGUCUCGGACCGCAUAGAUUACGGGGUAUUUGUGAGGAAGAAGGAGUUAGUUUUAUGAUUAGGGGUGGGGAUGGAGGCCUUGCUGAUGUCGGCGCUGGCGUUGGAGAUGAUGUUGGAGAAGAAGUUAGAAUGUUCUCGAAACAGCUUACACAACAGGUGCGAAUACAGUUGAGAGGAGAAUUGAGAUCGCAAUUGGAAGAGGACGUGAGGGAAGAAGUUGAGAGGGAGUUGAAGGUGGAGAUUAGAGAGGAGAUGGGGAGGAGUGGGAGGGAGGGUGAGUUGGUGGCGGAUGUUAGGGAGGAGGUUAGGCAGGAGAUUCGGGGGAAGUUGAGGAGAGAGAUGGAGGGGGGUAUGAGACGGGAAGUUAGUAGGGAGUUGAAGGCGGAGAUUAGAGAGGAGAUGAAUAGAAGUGGAAGAGAGUUCGGAUUGAUUGCUGAAGCGAUGGCAGAUAUUAGGGAGGAGGUUAGACAGGAGGUUCAGGGAAGAUUGAGGAGAGAGAUGGAAAGAAAUGUGAGAAGAGUGAUUGAUGUGGAGAAAAAAGAACUGGACGUGAAGCUGAGGAGAGAGAUGGAGAUGGAGGCGAGAAUGGCUGAGGUUGAGAAGCAGGUCGAGAAGAAAGUCGAGGCGCAGACUGGAGUAAAAGGCAUGGUAAAAGGGGAUGGAAAAGGAAAUGGUAGUGAGGAAAUUAUGAUCUCGACAACGACCGCGCAGAAGGAAAGCGGAAGCACGAAAGGCAGCGAGGAGGUUAUGUUUUCAAAGACGACCACACAGAGUAUUCUUGCAAGAACGAAGACGAGAUAG